AUGAGUGGAAAAGCAGGCGAUCCAAGCGAUAAAUAUUUUCCUUCCAUCCACAUUACGACGGCCGGUAUAUUCGCCGAUAAGCAAUUGGGAUACAGAGAACGCAGACAUGCACUUUCGAACCUCAUUCAAACCUACCUCGCUACUUUCUCUGAUAUUGGCGUGGAAACAUGGCUUAUGCAUGGUACUUUAUUAGGCUGGUGGUGGAAUCGUAAGAUUCUACCAUGGGAUUCCGAUUCCGACGUCCAAGUUUCCGAAGAAUCAAUGCACUUUCUUGCCUCUUAUUACAACAUGACAGUAUUCCAUUAUAAAACUCCACGUAUUCCAGAGGGCCGAGAUUAUAUGCUAGAGGUCAACCCUCAUUAUCUUAAUAGAGAGCAAUCGGACAAGUUGAAUGUCAUUGAUGCUCGGUGGGUCGAUACUACGAGUGGGUUGUUCAUUGAUAUUACAACUGCAAGAUACAAUUACACACAUCCAGCCGGAGAAGGAAUGUUGAGCUGCAAGGAUGGUCAUGAAUAUAGGGAUACCUACAUUUUCCCAUUGCGAGACACCUUCUUCGAGGGCGCACCAGCCAAGAUCCCUUUUGCAUAUAAAGAAAUCUUGGAAGCAGAAUAUCAUGAGAAAUCACUGACCUUGACUGACUUUGAGGGCCACCACUUUGACGAUGAUAAGAUGGAAUGGAUCCCUGUGAAGCAAGAAAUUCAGAAACCAGUCGAACCAGAAAAGGCAGCUCAACCACCACCAAAAACCGAUGCCCAGAAGGCAGAAGAGGCAGCUAAGCAAUCCGAAGAAAAUAAGAAGAAACUAGAAGAUGCAAAGAAACUGGAAGAGGCAAAGAAAUUGGAAGAGGCACAGAAGACUACCGAGGAAGCUAAAGAGAAAGCGAAGCAAAAGGCCGCACAGGACGCCAAACAAAAUGAUACACCACCUGUAAGCAAACAACCAAUCAAAGAAGAACAGAAAACACAAUCCCAUGGUGCAUCCGAACCUCCGCCAGCUCAACGAGCCGCAGAGAAAAAGAUAUCCACUGAAGCCGAGAAGAAGGCAAAUAAAGUACAAAAAGCUGAAGACAAACGUAGACAGGACGAACAGAAAGCCGCCGAUAAGAAAAAGAAAAACGAUGAGAGGAUGGAGCGGGAUGUCAAGAAAGAUUCCGCGCCAGCUUCAUAA